AUGUUGCACAAUCUCUUUGCAACCACGACGAUGCUGAGCGGCGAACAAUGGGACAAGUAUGGCUGGGCAGAGAGUGGGCGAGAUCCGAGAGCCAAAAACCCGCUGUAUCCGGUUGGUGACUGUACUCCCCACGCAUACCAUCAGGACACCUGGGUUCCCACCUUCAAGACAACUGGUACUUGCCCCGGAGGUAUGAACCUCCCCAACGAGAACAAGUGGAAAGAUGUUUGGCGGGUUGGCGCUCAGAAUCACAUGGGGGGAUAUGAUGGGGUGGACAAAACAGGGCUCAAUCCAUAA